UUCCUCACUGGCAAAGGGGACAGCGAUCCAACGAUCUAAGUCUCUCAUCGUCUCCAGCCAUGUUGACCCAAUCAUUCGCCAGGAUAGCGGCGAGGUCACUGAAGAGUGCUCCUCAGGCCCGAUCCUUCUCCCAAUCCACACCUUCAUUCGCAUCCCGGACUGCUCUUUACGGUUCAUCCCUUGUCUUUGCCGGGACACUGGGAUUGUACACACACCUCUAUGGUCUACCGAGCUUUUUGCCAGAAGCCAGUGCAAACACAGCCGCGGAAGAAGGCUUACAUCCCACCCAUUACCCUUGGCCUCACAGUGGACCAUUCGAGACAUAUGACCACGGUUCGAUCAGAAGAGGAUACCAGGUCUACCGAGAAGUCUGCUCGGCUUGUCACUCCCUCAACCGAAUCGCUUGGCGUAAUCUUGUCGGUGUUUCUCACACCGUAGAUGAGGUCAAGGCGAUGGCAGAGGAGGUCGAAUACACCGAUGGACCCAACGACGAGGGUGAAAUGUUCCAGAGACCUGGAAAGCUCGCCGACUACAUGCCCCCGCCAUACCCCAACGACGAAGCCGCCCGAGCAGGGAAUGGAGGUGGUUUGCCCCCCGACCUUUCCCUCAUGAUCAAGGCUCGACAUGGAGGUGCCGACUACAUCUACUCGCUGUUGACUGGAUAUGUUGACCCGCCUGCUGGGGUCAAGCUCGCUGAAGGAAUGAACUACAACCCCUACUUCCCCGGUGGUGGAAUCGCCAUGGCCCGUGUCCUCUUCGACGGUUUGGUCGAGUACGAUGACAAAACACCUGCGACCACUUCCCAAAUGGCCAAGGACGUGACUACUUUCCUUUCUUGGGCUGCCGAGCCAGAACACGAUGAGCGAAAGAAGAUGGGAAUGCAGGCCGUCAUUAUUCUCUCUGCCAUGUUCGCCAUCUCUAUCUACGUCAAAAAGUUCAAGUGGGCGCCCAUCAAGAACAGAAAGAUUGUAUACAACCCACCAAAGGAGUAGGGCGAGACGCAAAGGGUAUCGCCGGUUCUUUUGUGCUCGCAUGCAUGCACUCUUAGAUC